AUGUUUAUGGGUUGGGAUCUAAUGGGUACGGGUGUCACGGAUUGGGUCACAACCAGUCCAUACAAUCACCGCAAUUGGGGUCACAAUAGGUGGGGACAGUUGGGUAGAGAUAGGACACCAAAAGGGGUUUAUUUAAAAGCCGAGAGAAUAUCGUAUUUCGACGACAAAUACAUCCAACAAAUCAGUUGCGGUUAUCAUCACUCACUGGCCCUUACAUCCAGUGGACAGGUGUAUGGGUGGGGAUUAAAUACCGAGGGACAGGGUGGUUUUGGCAUAGUAUUCUCUGUGAGACACGCAUACGAUGGACAGGUAUAUGCUGUGAAACGGAUACAAUAUAAAGAUCUUGAUGAAAUAGAAAGUGUUAAAGUGUUUAGAGAAGUGGAAAACUUAGUGAAAGUUAAGUCUGAAUAUGUGGUCCAAUAUUACCACUCAUGGCGUGAAACUGGAUGUCUGUUCAUACAAAUGGAGUUCUGUUCACAGAAUUUAACGAAUAUUCUUGAAGUCAAACCACAAAUCAUUCACAGAGACCUCAAACCCGACAACAUAUUGAUCGCUGAAAAUAUAAGGAACGGUAGAUUUGUUAAGUUAUGUGACUUUGGCUUGGCUACAGUUCACGACAAACGCAUUCACUACAGGUCUACGCGAAAACAUACGUCAGAUAUCGGGGACUUGAGAUAUCAGGCUCCAGAAAUUGGUCAGGGUAAAAAAUACGGUCACAAAUCCGACAUCUAUAGCCUGGCACUAAUAAGUGGUGAAAUAUUUGACGUGGAUGUUGUACUUAUUGAGCCCAAAAAGUAA